AAACCAGGAAGUUUCCGGGUUUGAAGUGAACCAACAACGUAAAAAUAAAAAAAAAUGCAAAAGCAAGAUUCUGGGUAGCCAUGUUUGGUACAACACAUCAAAUUGAUCAACUAGAUUCUGUCAAUCUACACAGAUAAAUUUGACAUCUGGGAAUAUGGAGGAUACUACAUCUGAAGCUUCGAGUCCCUUUUUAACCUCGCAGAUGGCAUGUGUUACAAUGUAUGACCAAUUUAACCAUUCUGAUGCAUGGAACUUUCGGCAGCAUACAAAUGGUGUAAUUUUGCAUUCUCAAGCAAACCAAUACCAAUUGAUUCAAGGGGAACCAUCUGAAGCUUCGGAUCUACCAAGAGCAAGAGGCUGCAGGGCUAAACUGAAUGAGUCUCAGAAAAAGGAACAUAAAAGACAGAGUGAUAUAAAGUAUCGGCAAAACCAGAAGAUAAAAGUAAAUGAACUGACCGCUGAGAACAAACGCUUGCAAGAGGAAAAUAGGCAGUUGAGUACUGAGAAUAGACACUUAAAAGAGGAAAAUGGGCAGUUGAGUACUGAGAAUAAACACUUAAAAGACGAAAAUGGAAGCUUGAAAGUUGACAACAGACACUUAGAAGAGUGUAUCAGAGGACUAAAAUCCAAGGGGAAACUUCCAGCAGAAGAUACGCAGAGACUAGACAGUUAUAUUUCCCAAUCAAUCAGCCAGCUUGAUCAUCAAAGUGUUUAUGUCCAGGUGGACCACCAUGGAGUGGACUCUAAUAAUGAAGAAGCUGUUUACAUGCAGGAGCAGGACCAGCGUAGGAUGGACUCUGAUAUUGAAGGAGCUGUAGACGGGGCUGAUGGUUUGGAAAUAAAUGACCUGCGAAAUCUGUUGUUACCUGAGAAUGAAACGAAUCAAAAUGGAAGAGUUGCUAUCCACGAGUCUGCUUCAGAAAAUGCAGAGAGUUCUCUAAGUUGCAUGCACCAUGCUGAUAUGGCUAUGAAAAAAUUCCUUAUGAAACUUGAUGAAGAAGUUUUAAGCAAUGUAGACUUCUCAGACUUCACAGGCUUAGACGGGGAGCAGACAACAGUUGGGAGAUACAGUUUCCCAUUAUCUCUAAUUCCUACGGUUGAGAGAAUCAAUGAUGUAUGUGGCGAUGUUUCUGCAAAAAGUCUAAUAAAUCCCAGUGCUGCCACGACAAUCUAUAUUCUGUUCUGUGCUACCAUUAAAGAGAUGGAUGAUCUACAACUUGAGCAAGUUACUGAGAAGAAAAUGUUGAGGUGGAGGGAUGCAAUCAAGGAUGCACUACGCAUUAAUUUCAAUGUGAGAUUUGCGAUGGAACAUUUGAAGAAAGUUGCGUGUGCUUACUUUGGUCUAAUAGGAUGCAUACUACUCCAGAGCAUAGAUGCAAGGAUCUCACAAUUAGAGGCUGAGGUGAAUGAUUGGAAGACGAAACGUGCUGACAUAUGUGAAGGAUCUAAGUUGUGUAUAGCUGCUGCCGAGGAGUUCAUUGGAGUGCCUGUCAGCACAGACAAAGACGCAGACAGCCAAAAGGAAAAAACAAUUGUUCCUCAAAGAUUGAGAGAAGAUCUACCACAUAGUUUUGGAGUACUUCAAUUGGAGAAAAAAAAAUCAUUGUAUAGUUUCUUUUUAUUUGUAAUAGAAUUUUUUUUUGUUCUUAUUUGAUUUAUUCUACUUGUUUUUAUCGCCACCUGCAUAAGCUUUGUAAAUACUAAUUACUUGUAUAUUAGCAGCUUUUGGAAAACUGUUUGA